AUGCCGUAUAGGAGAGUGUUUCCUCCCACAUCGUGCCGAAAUCCCCACUCUGAAAGCUUGGCCUGUGACGAGUCACGACGAUGGUCGCGUGGCUGCACGGUGCAACGCGUCAAGCUCCUUGCUGCGAACAUGAACUUUUGCCGACCGGGCCUUCAUGUGACACAACAUUACUGUACAGCCAUUGCAUCAGAGGCAGCGUGCAUGGCGAGCAGGAGAAUACCAUUGGAGAAAGAUCGCAAGUGGUUUGCUCGUCUCCAAGCCAAGUCCGGCGCCAACGACCAGCCAUCUGCAAGCGAAGACACCACGAAGAUGCCUCCUCGGAAGAAGGCGCGAGUGUCGCAAGCAACAUCGCCAGAUCCCGAACCACCGCAGAAGACACCGACGCCCGGUCUGGUGUCCCCCGGCAAGGGCGAUGAAGCUGGGUUGAACGAUGCAUGGACGGAUGAUGAGGAGAUCGGCUUGUUUAAGGGUCUAAUGCGGUGGAAGCCGACAGGUAUCCACAAGCACUUUCGCCUGAUGGCCUUACAUUCAUGGCUACUUGACAACAACUACAUCCACCCGCGGAGCCAACACACCAAGCCUGCCGGCAUCUGGGCCAAGCUUAACACCCUCUACGACCUCCCCGCCCUCGAUGCCCGCGAAGAUGCAAGGCAACUGUCCCCACUCACGACAUCACCCGAACAAGAAGAGAAACUCGACAAAGACUCCGACGACGAAUCCGACGGUUACAGCCUCGCAGCCAACAAGAUCGACUCCGAAGACUUCGCCCUACCUCCAGAACACGACUUUGAGAACAUGAUGUGGAAAGCACGCUUCGCCGAACACAACGAAGACAGCGAGCUUGAGAUACCCGAAGUGAACAUGGCAGAGGAGCCGCCUGUGCGGUUCACGCCAAGCUUCAGUAUUGAGCCCAGUGAAGCAGCGACUACACCACAGUCGAAGCGGGGGAAGAAGGGGAAAGGAAGAGGUGCGGCUGCUGCACCACAGCCGAGAAGAUCGAGUAGGAUGACGGAGAGUGUGAAAGACGCUGAAGAGGAGAAUGAGGGAGAGGCUGAGAAGAGUGCAGAGGAAGAGGCAGAAGAUGAGGACGAAGAGGAAGAGGAAAGUGCUGAUGAGGCUGAAAGUCAGGCGAGUACACCAGGACCCAGACGAGCGCGGUCCACGAAGCCAACGCGAGGGAAGGCUGGCCGUGGGCGAGGCAGAGGGCGGGGGCGUGGGAAAUAG